AGCCACAAACGCGGUCACACUUUUAUCAGCUAGUUUAUUGGCUUUUUCGGCGUGCAAAACUGAAAAUAUAAUUGACAAAAAGCCCGAAAAAGUGCCGCAGAAUGAACUCACUGGGUCCUAAGAAGGACGGAAGUCCGAAUAUAGACUUUUUCCAAUCCCCGGAGACGCUGCAGGGCUUCGAAUCGAUUCGCCAGUGGCUGCAGAAGAACUGCAAGAAGUACUUGGCCCACAGCUCGGAGCCCAUCACAAAGGAGUCCCUGGCCCAGUUGCUCAUCCACUUCCUGCAAUAUGUGGAGGCGAAGUUGGGAAAGAAUUCAGCGGAGCCGCCGGCGACUAGGAUUCCGAUGCGCUGUUUUCUCGACUUUAAAAGCGGCGGUGGCCUGUGCAUCAUCUUCUCGACCAUGUUCCGUUUCCGGGCAGAACAGCGUGGCAAAAAGUUCGACUUUUCCAUUGGCAAGAAUCCCACGCGCAAGGACCCCAACAUCCAGCUGCUGAUCGAGAUCGAGCAGGCAUUGGUUGAGGCGGAUCUGUACCGAAUUCCGUACAUCUACAUCCGUCCGGAGAUCGAGAAGAACUUCGAGGGACGGCUGCGCGAGAUCCUCGACAAUCGCCGGGUGGAGAUCGUCUCGGACGAGGAGGACGCUACCCACAUCGUCUAUCCCAUCGUUGAUCCGCAUCCCGAUGAGUAUGCCCGGCCCAUAUUUAAGCGCGGCGGACAUGUGAUGCUUCACUGGUACUACUUUCCCGAAUCGUACGAUUCUUGGGCUGUGAACAACUUCGAUUUGCCGGAUCACAUUCCGGAAAAUCCGGAGUCGCCGGCUGAGCGCUGGCGAGUGUCUGCCUCUUGGAUCUUGGACCUUGAGCAGUACAACGAGUGGAUGGCCGAGGAGGAUUACGAGGUGGACGAACACGGCAAGAAGAAGACGCACAAGCAGCGUAUGUCCAUCGAUGAUAUCAUGUCCUUUGGCGACGAGAAGAAGAAGCCCACUGCCAGUGGCGGAAAGCAGAAAAGGCGGCGAUCGCCAUCGCCAGCCACAUCUGCGUCCACUUCAAAGCCGGGUAAGCGUAAGCGAUCCCCCGCCGUGGUGCACAAGAAGUCUCGUAACGACGACGACGACGAGGAUCUGACCCGCGAUCUGGAUGAUCCGCCGGCCGAGCCCAACGUCCAGGAGGUACACAAGGCCAAUGCCGCGCUGCAGUCCACCGCCAGUCCGGCCCCAGGUGGCAAAUCCAGGGGCGACAACGAUAUGAUGCCCAUCAAGGGUGGGACUAUGACCGAUUUGGACGACGAGAUGACUGGAGGAAGCGCUGCUCAAGCCAUGUCAACCGGAGAUGGAGACAAUUCGCAAACAGGAAAAACAAGUGACAACAGCAACACGCAGGAGUUCUCAUCGUCGGCCAAAGAGGAUAUGGAGGAUAAUGUGACCGAGCAGACGCACCACAUUAUCGUGCCCUCGUACUCAGCCUGGUUCGACUACAACUCCAUUCACGUGAUCGAGAAGCGAGCCAUGCCGGAGUUCUUUAACAGCAAGAACAAGUCUAAGACACCAGAAAUCUACAUGGCCUACAGAAACUUUAUGAUAGACACCUACAGGCUCAAUCCAACCGAGUAUUUGACCAGCACCGCCUGCAGGCGGAAUUUGGCUGGAGAUGUGUGCGCUAUCAUGCGAGUGCAUGCCUUUUUGGAGCAGUGGGGUCUGAUAAACUACCAGAUAGAUGCUGAUUUGCGACCGACACCUAUGGGUCCGCCACCGACCUCCCACUUCCAUAUUCUGUCGGACACUCCAUCGGGCCUGCAGGCCAUUAAUCCGCAGAAGACGCAGCAGCCGUCGGCGGCCAAGACGCUGUUGGAUCUGGACAAGAAGCCGCUGGGCAAGGAUGGUGGUUUGGAGUUGGGCGACAAGAGUGGUCUGGCUGGAAUUAAAACCGAAGCUCUGGAAAAUGGCGCUGGCGGAGGUUUAAGCUCGGGUGUCAGUCAGUUUGGGCUUAAGCUGGAUCAGUACGCCAAGAAACCGGCGGCCAUGAGGAACCGCACUGCGGCCAGCAUGGCUCGGGAGUGGACCGACCAGGAGACCUUACUAUUGCUCGAGGGUCUGGAGAUGCACAAGGACGACUGGAACAAGGUGUGCGAGCACGUCGGUUCCCGCACCCAGGACGAGUGCAUUCUGCACUUCCUACGACUUCCUAUCGAGGAUCCGUAUCUAGAGGAUGACGGCGGCUUCCUGGGUCCCUUGGGCUGCCAACCAAUUCCGUUCAGCAAGAGCGGCAAUCCCAUUAUGUCCACGGUGGCAUUCCUGGCUUCCGUGGUCGAUCCUCGUGUAGCAGCGGCUGCAGCCAAGGCAGCAAUGGAGGAAUUCGCAGCCAUCAAGGAUGAGGUGCCCGCCACGAUAAUGGACAAUCACAUGAAGAACGUGGAGAAGGCCUCUGCAGGCGGAAAAUUCAAUCCGAACUUUGGGCUGGCAAAUAGUGGAAUCGCAGGAACUGGAAACGACAAGGAGGAUGAGGAGGGCAAGGAAGGAGGCGCCUCUGCUUCGGCUGGCGGCUCUGAUGAGGAAACGAAGGAUCUAAGCAAGAAAGACGACGAUGCCAAGUCCAAAGACAAAACGAAAUCGGAUAAGACCAACACGAACACAGACUCGAGUUCCACAUCAUCAUCAGCGACAGGCAACACCAACAACACCGACAAGAAACCAAAGGAGUCAUCCAGCUCCUCGCCCUCGGGCGACAAGUCAGCCAGCAAGUCAGACAAAUCAAACAAAUCCUCACCCACAGAACCAGCAGCAUCCACCAGUGGAGGCGAAGUGGACAUCAAAACGGAGGACAGCAGCGGCGAUGGCGAGACCAAGGACAGCAGCGAUGUCAAGGAGGGUUCGACAGCCGUAUCAGGAGCAAAUACAUCGGCCAAGGAAGGAACGUUCAGCGAAAACAACAUGCAGACAGCGGCGGCGGCAGCUCUGGCAUCGGCAGCCGUCAAGGCCAAGCAUCUGGCCGCUCUGGAGGAGCGCAAGAUCAAGUCCCUGGUGGCGCUGCUUGUUGAGACGCAGAUGAAGAAGCUGGAGAUUAAGUUGCGCCACUUUGAGGAGCUAGAGGCCACCAUGGAGCGCGAACGCGAGGGCCUGGAAUAUCAGCGCCAGCAGCUGAUCACGGAGCGCCAGCAGUUCCAUCUGGAGCAACUGAAGGCAGCCGAGUUCCGGGCACGCCAGCAGGCACAUCACCGCCUGCAACAGGAGUUGCAGGGUCAAGUGGCGGCCGCAGGAUCAAUGAUCCUCCAGCAGCAACAGCAACUGCCGCAGCCACAACAACAACAGCCACAGCAGUCGUUGCCACCACAUCCCCAUCUGCCGCAACAGCAGCAACUGCCACCACAUCCACAUCAGCUGCCGCCGCAGUCGCAACCGCUGGUGGGUCCGACUGCCCAGCACCAACCGCUGCCACCGCACAUAGUGGGAUCCGUGGCUCCGCCGCCCAAUGGCGCUCCAUUCGCAGCGCCACCCAUUGCGAUUGCUGGUGGACCACCGCCCGGUGUGCCAACGAAUCCUAGCGAUCAGACCGGACCAGCAGCAGCAGGAGCAGCGCAAUCUCAGGCUCCUACUCCAAUGGACACUACACCGCCAAGCAGCGCACCAAUCCCAGAUGGUAGUGGUGCUGUAACGGGAUCCGCGAUGCCCCCAAACACCAGCAUUCCUCCAGCGACCACUGCUCCUAUCGCCGGCGGAGCUCCUCCCUCUUAACUUUUACUUUUAAGCCAGAAAACGUUAAAGUAACUAGUUUUAAGUCGUACGCUCUCAGUAUGUAUUAUGUAUACUCCACUUUAAGCCCAACUCUUUUGUGUAAUCCGGAGGAGAUGCACUACAUCUUGACGUGUCUCCCGCUUCGUGUGAGUUUCGUUUUGUGUCCGGUCGCGUCAACAAGCUAUUGCACAAAUAUUUUGAACCAAGUUUCAAAGCCAAACUGGCAUUCAAUAAAAAUCUAUUUAAAUACAA